AUGCUGAAAGAAGCCACAGCGGACAUAAAAUCCCACGUGGAAGAGGAAAUCAGCAGACACCUCGCAGGUCUGAGAGCAGAAGUGCAGGCACUUAACUCCCGCACAGACCAGACAGAGGUACGUCUCACAACACUGACAACGGCCUCCACCUCGCAGUCCCAAGAAAUCUCCUACCUCCACGGCUGCCUCACGGCCAUGGAGGACAACCUGGACCUUAAUAACAAGUCACGGAGGAAUAACAUCCAGCUCCGUGGCCUACCCGAAGCAGUCCAGCCAGAGACCCUAAUCACCACUCUGAAAGAUAUCUUCUCUGCAAUGGCACCUAAACUGCCGCUACCUCUCCUGGAAAUGGACCAGGCCCACAGAGCACUACGACACCCUAAUCUGAAUCUCUCUACCCCAAGAGACGUAAUAAUUCGCCUCCACUACUUCCAAACUAAAGAAAAAGUUAUGCAACUAGCCAGAGACCGUGCUCCCAAGUAUAAAGAUACCCGCCUAACCUUCUUCCAGGACUUGGCCCCAACUACAUUAAAGAAGAGAAGAGAUUUAAAACCCCUCACCUUGGCCCUCCAAGAACAGGGGCUAAAAUACACUUGGGGCCAUCCCUUUAAACUGCUGGUUAAAAAAGGCGACCAAACUCAUAUCCUCACCACAGCCGCAGAAAUGGGCCCAAUGGCUGACUCCCUGGGAAUGCAGCUCCUGAACCCCACCCCUCUAACGGGAUACAGGGAGAGAGACCGCUCCAGAGACAGAGCUACAUCCCUGCAUCCGGCCAAACAGAAAAGGCCCCCUCACUUCAUAGAAGACAACACCACUACUAGACGUCAAGGGGGACAAUCCCUGCCACACCGUUCAGGCCGCUAG